AUGGGCUGGCUGGGGGCUGCACUGCGUUCGCCGCUGAGCUGUGGUCAGUCAGUCUGCCUGCCUUGGAACUACGCGUUCGUCCUGGCCGGUAGCCGUGGCCGGCCGGCAUCCCCCACUGCCCAUCGUGAUGCCUGUCUGCAGCCUGAAUUGAAGCCCCCCCCUCCCUCGGCCCCCCGUCACAAGGGAAAGCAAAACAGCCCGUACCCACCUGGAUACUUUGUAGCUCAAUUGCGGACAUUAGUGCCCGCCGUCGCCUCCGAUGCCGCCGUAGUUCGGCAUGCCGAUCAACCCAUUCAUCCCAUGGACGCAGCCAAACCGGUAGCUGUCAUACCGGUUCCCGAUGAUCGUCACCGACUCACCGUCGAGCAACGGAAAAAAAUGGUGAAUGGUGAUCUUCAGCGCCGCCUGACGAUCACCCGCAUGGGAAUGACGACGACGACGACGGCGCGGCACCGGUCCGGUCCGUGCUCUAGUGGUGGUGGUGGUGGUGGUGGUGGUGGUGGUGGUGGUGGUGGUUGUGUUGGGUCGGGAUCGAGAUCAAAAGACCUCUUCGCUGUUGAUCAGUCUCGCCACAAUGUCACGGUAAUCAUCGAGGGAUACGGUACGGUACAUACCUGAUCCGGGGUGAGCUUGAAGUGGCGAUUUGCGUCGCUCUUCGUGUGUGGUCGACAGAUUCUAGAAUGUUGAAGCCGCGGGUAGUAGGUAGCGAAUGGGAGUUGCCUCCGACGGCGGCGGCGGCGGUAACAUAACUUGUGACGAGGGAGAGGGUGCGCUCCGUACUUAUGCAAUGCCCGCUACGAUCUUCCAAGAUGUGCUCCAGCGUACAUAUAGGCUGCCGGUAGUAGAGGCCUCCAGGCCAAGGACACUUGAAUCUUGGAGGCUACACUUUCAGUCAG